UUUUUGGUCAGCAGGAUCCCCCAAUCCACGAGAAUGGGCGUAGACAACGUGUAGAAGAGAGGGAGGGAAAAAACCAAAAAUCCGUUAUUUUGCGCGUAGACAACGUGUUUCCUCCCUCAUUUCCCUUCUAAUUACCCCUCCUCUCUCUCCCUAUCUCUCAUAUCUCCGGUGUAGGAAGAAGGCUCCAGCGAUCAUCCAUCAGCAAAAUCCAUGGCGUCGCAGGAAAAAGGCCGUCCGUUGCCAAAAUUUGGCGAAUGGGAUGCGAACAACCCUGCCUCGGCCGAUGGAUUCACAGUGAUAUUCAACAAGGCUAGAGACGAGAAGAGGACUACUGGCACUGCCGGCACUAUUGUGGCGCCACAGAGAAAUGAUAAUCAUGUCUACAAACAAACUGAGACGUAUCAUCAACAAUAUCCAGCAAAGAAAAAGUGGUUGUGCUUCGGCUGCUGAGCACCCCAUGGAAGGGUGAAAUGUGCUUUAAAAUGUGGAUGGCGGGUGUGGGAAGUUUCUUGUGGAGCAGCAAAAGGCAUAUGAUCAAACUUUCGCUUCUUUUUCACCUUGUGUUGUUUUCUGUCUUCUUCUUCUCCUUCUUCUUCUUCUUCUUCUUGCUUUUAGAUUGAGAGACAACCAAAAAAAUUACUUGACGGGAUUCGAUUCUUUCUGUGGGUAUUACUUAUUCACUUGUUGUUGAUAGCAGAAAAAAACAAUCAUAUCUACGAAAAUCAAUAUACAUCCUAGUAUUAUCUA